AUGCCUCAGAGUUCAAUUGCGGGAGUGCCAUCAGUCAAUGAGAUCAUUGAUGGACUUGUAGUAACAUGUCGAAUGAUUUUACGAGAAUCUCCUGGAGGAAUGGUGGCAGUUGUCGGAGAUGGACAGCAACCCGGAACUAGUGCGCAGAGCAGUCCCAUCACACUUUGUGAUGUAGGAAAAUGUUGCGAAAAGGAAAAUGUUCAGAAACUCAAGAUGCUCAUGCAAACGCUGUUCCCGGGAAUGUUCACCACCGCGAACGCUCAUACCAUAGGAAACUUCGGGAGAAUCGCAUGCAAGAAUGACAAACCAGUUGGUUUUAUUGUCUGUCGAUUUAUGAAUGGCAUGUUGUACAUAUCGUUGAUUGGAAUUUUACCGGAAUACAGAAGACAUGGAGUUGGCUCAGCACUUCUACAUCACGCAGUUAACUAUGCGACAACAGUGAAGAAGGAUAUUCAACUACAUGUUCAAGACUUCUACCAAAAGCAUGGUUUUAUUGAGACUGAGAGUAUUGAAACGUACUACAACAACCCACCGAGAGCUGCUUUCUUGUAUACAAAGAAAAUCUGUAAGUAG